CAAGUUUAUGUUAUUAUUGUAUGAUUUGGAGUGCUUAAGCAUUUGGGACCAUAUAGUUCUAUAUUUAUUGUACGUAUAUCGCGCAAUAGAACCGAUGUUGUAAUAGCGCUAGGGAGCAAAACGCUUACUAUUACUAGCGCUGAUGAGUUGUUUGUAAACAACAAGACUUCAUGUUGGAGUUUUGACAACAACAGCGGAGUAGUGGCAUUUUAAAGUGCAUGCAGAGGUAUAUAAAUAACAUUAGAAGGUUGCCUACAGCCACAGCGAGGCCGUUUUUGGCAUUUACGAUACGUAGGAAUAGUAACAGCUUGGAGGCUUUGCUGCAAAAAGUGUUUUGUGGAACUUUCUACCUUGUUUUUCCAGUCUCUUGUACAAAAGUUGAUUGCAAUAAAUAAUAGAUGGCGAGAAAUGGUGGCGGUGUUUUGUCGGGCUCCUAACAGGUGCACGCCAGCGCAAACAUGUCGCCGGGUCUCAUGCUGCUUGAAUCCUCGCAGCGACACGAGGCCUCUCGGAGCACUCAGGCGCCUCCAUUAGCGGCGUUUUGCGUCCCAUUAGUGUGUCACACCUGCGGAGAGGGGAUUGUAAUCCUGACGGCGGCACCUAUAAAAACCACAAAAAAAAACCCCGCCCUCCGCUUGAUGCUAACGAGGCUAAUACGGAGGUGAGUGGAGUCCAGUUGCUGUUUGUGUUGGUGAUGGUUUUCAUCAGCGCUUCUCUCUUUCCGCAGCUCAGAUGGAUCGAGCGCUAAUGCACGUGUUGUUGUUGGCCUUGCUGCUGCAGGGCGCCCUGGCGCAGCACUGGUCCUACGGCUGGCUACCGGGCGGGAAGAGGAGCGUGGGGGAGCUGGAGGCAACCAUCAGGAUGAUGGGUACAGGGGGUGUGGUGUCCCUUCCAGAAGAGGCGAGUGCCCAAACCCAUGAGAGACGUCGACCAUACAAUGUCAUUGACGACGAUUCCAGUCAUUUUGAGCGAAAGAAAAGGUUCCCUUAUAAGUGAGGCGCUGAAGGGGGAAUGAGAAUUUACAUGAUUAUCGACAGCCGUGAUGGAUCCCCCCCCGAGGGCCUCCCCGCGAAUUAACACAUUUAUUGCAC